AUGUGCUCCUCACACUGAUCACUGCACUCUGUGGUGCUCAUCAUGUGGUCUUUGAAAUGCUGUACUGUGUCAGUAUUAUGGAUUUUAAACCUUCUCUAUCCCUCCACAGAACCUGUUGUAUCAGAGGCCUGUAAACGGCGUCCCCACAGCAGCGGCAGCAGCAGCCACUGUACCUCUUGCUGCUCCUUCAAACACAAGUAGCAACGUGCUCAGGAUUCCUGAUCGCAUGAUGCAGAACCUGCGUCCUGCUGGAGUACUAAAGAGGAAGCGUGAUGAGCAGCAGGAUGAGGAUCGGCCGUACAUCAAGAAGCCGCCAAAUGCCUUCAUGCUCUUUUUGAAGGAGCAGAGGGCAAAGGUGAAGGCAGAAUUAAAUAUAAAUAGGAAUGAGGCUGUGAAUGCAGCCGUAGGAGAGAGGUGGAAGUCGCUCUCAGAGGAUCAACAGGCCAAAUAUUAUAAGCAGGCUGAGGAGGAAAGAAUGCUCCAUGCACAACAGCAUCCAGAGUGGUCUCCUAAAGACAACUACGGCAAAAAGAAGAGAGUUCAGCGUUCCACCUGCAGCACAGCAUCUGCAUCCAAACCUGUAAAGGAAGCUCAAGAGGCCAAGUGGACAAGUUUCAAUGUCCCUGUGUGUGGCACGUUCCAGUUGCCUCAAGUAAAUCAGGUCCUCCCUGCUUCUGAUGCAAACUCCCAUGCAUCCACAUCAUUGGCUUCCUACGCUGGACCAAGUCAACCCCAGACAGAAGCAAUCUUCUCUGACGACACUGGAGAGGAUCUACUAUCAAUACCUGAACACCGUGAUCCCCUCCUUCCUGCGCCACAGCCGCUGGAGCCCGUCUGUCAUUACUCAGACCCCCACACUGGUCCUCAAGGGGAUCAGAUCAGCCCUGAUUCCCCUCCAUCCACUGAUGUGAACCUGUUGUAUCAGAGGCCUGUAAACGGCGUCCCCACAGCAGCAGCAGCAGCAGCCACUGUACCUCUUGCUGCUCCUUCAAACACAAGUAGCAACGUGCUCAGGAUUCCUGAUCGCAUGAUGCAGAACCUGCGUCCUGCUGGAGUACUAAAGAGGAAGCGUGAUGAGCAGCAGGAUGAGGAUCGGCCGUACAUCAAGAAGCCGCCAAAUGCCUUCAUGCUCUUUUUGAAGGAGCAGAGGGCAAAGGUGAAGGCGGAAUUAAAUAUAAAUAGGAAUGAGGCUGUGAAUGCAGCCGUAGGAGAGAGGUGGAAGUCGCUCUCAGAGGAUCAACAGGCCAAAUAUUAUAAGCAGGCUGAGGAGGAAAGAAUGCUCCAUGCACAACAGCAUCCAGAGUGGUCUCCUAAAGACAACUACGGCAAAAAGAAGAGAGUUCAGCGUUCCACCUGCAGCACAGCAUCUGCAUCCAAACCUGUAAAGGAAGCUGAAGAGGCCAAGUGGACAAGUUUCAAUGUCCCUGUGUGUGGCACGUUCCAGUUGCCUCAAGUAAAUCAGGUCCUCCCUGCUUCUGAUGCAAACUCCCAUGCAUCCACAUCAUUGGCUUCCUACGCUGGACCAAGUCAACCCCAGACAGAAGCAAUCUUCUCUGACGACACUGGAGAGGAUCUACUAUCAAUACCUGAACACCGUGAUCCCCUCCUUCCUGCGCCACAGCCGCUGGAGCCCGUCUGUCAUUACUCAGACCCCCACACUGGUCCUCAAGGGGAUCAGAUCAGCCCUGAUUCCCCUCCAUCCACUGAUGUGAACCUGUUGUAUCAGAGGCCUGUAAACGGCGUCCCCACAGCAGCGGCAGCAGCAGCCACUGUACCUCUUGCUGCUCCUUCAAACACAAGUAGCAACGUGCUCAGGAUUCCUGAUCGCAUGAUGCAGAACCUGCGUCCUGCUGGAGUACUAAAGAGGAAGCGUCAUGAGCAGCAGGAUGAGGCUCAGCUGUACAUCAAGAAGCCGCCAAAUGCCUUCAUGCUCUUUUUGAAGGAGCAGAGGGCAAAGGUGAAGGCAGAAUUAAAUAUAAAUAGGAAUGCGGCUGUGAAUGCAGCCGUAGGAGAGAGGUGGAAGUCGCUCUCAGAGGAUCAACAGGCCAAAUAUUAUAAGCAGGCUGAGGAGGAAAGAAUGCUCCAUGCACAACAGCAUCCAGAGUGGUCUCCUAAAGACAACUACGGCAAAAAGAAGAGAGUUCAGCGUUCCACCUGCAGCACAUGUAAGAGGAGAUUUUGACUGUUGGGUUUUAACUUUUUCAUUUCCAGCCCCAACCGGUCGCGGCAGAUGACCGCCCCUCCCUGAGCCUGGUUCUGCUGGAGGUUUCUUCCUGUUAAAAGGGAGUUUUUCCUUCCCACUGUCGCCACGUGCUUGCUCAUAGGGGGUCGUUUUGACUGUUGGGUUUUAACUUUUUCACUUUCAAACUCUUUAACUUUGUUUUAACUGAGUCUUUUAGCACUACAGUAUAUGAAG